AUGUCAUCAAUUUUCAAUUCGCUCCUUAGGAUAGGUGAUAGAUCGAAAACGCCAAUAAAACAAAACACCUUUGUGUGUCCCGCACUCGACGAGCUCAUUCAAUCCACUAAAACGCUUGACAAUGGAGAGCCUACAUUGCAAGGCUACCGUCUUAAAUGGAUCCCUUACACUGAUUUUACAGAACCGAAACAAAUUCGGGAUCAUGCAUUUCAGACACCCGCCAGCGACGCAAUGGGACCCAGUAAGAUGAGUAGUAGUAACUUUAGCAGUACUCCGACAAUGUCGUUAACUCCAAUUGUCGAUAUUGAGAUUCCGGAAAAAUUGUCUGCGAGGAUAAAGGACGAUUUGCCUACUUGGCACGAUGCGAUGCUGAUACCGCUUGAUGGAAUAUCAAAUCAAACUAGCGAUUCAUAUUAUGAUGAGGAGGAAUUUAUGAACGGAGAUUCGAAACAAACUAUACUGGCUCUUCCCGACGACAUUCCUAUUUGA